AUGUAUUUUAGAAUGAAUAAUAAAAUAAAAACACCAGUCUCCAUUUUACAAGAAAUGAUGGUGAAAAAUGGAACAGUUCCUCAUUAUGAGCUGAUUUAUGACGGCGGUGGUACUCACGAGAAUACAUUUACGUAUCAAGUUUCAUGUCAAGGUUUGGUUGCCACCGGUACUGGCCGAUGUAAAAAAGAUGCUAAACAUUUAGCAGCUAAUAAUAUGUUGGAAACAAUAGCCGCUGAAAAUAAUUAUCCAGCCUUACCUCCGAUACCUGACGAUAAGUCGCCAGUUAAAUUAAUCCCACCUCCGCGUAUUUCAUCUGACGAGCCAUUUGUUAAUGCCAUUGGUGAGCUGCAGGAUGUGUGUGCUGAAGUUGGAUUACCAGACCCAAUUUAUGAAACAGUAGGCGAUCAAGGCCCAGCUCACGCUAAAAUAUUUACAAUUCACUGUAAAAUAUUUACAUUGAUUGAGGAAGGAACACAGACGACCAAAAAACACGCAAAACAUUUAGCUGCAAGAAAAAUGUGUGAUCGUGUUAAAAAUAUGAUCGAAAACACAGUAAACCUUCAGGAAAUUAUUAAAGCCGAGUUGGAAGAACACAACAUGGAUCCUGAUUUAAAUAAUGAGAUUGUUGCUGUCAACAAUGAUGAUUUUUUUGACUUUUCAAAGUUAUCUUUCUAUUCAAAAUCAAGUCUUGGCCUAAAACUAUCUGAAUUUCAUACAAAAUUGUUCAUAUCUAACGAUGAUAUAACACGAGAGACUGUCAUAAGUGAAUUGGCGCAAUUCUCUGAAUAUUAUUUGAACGAUGAGACCGACAACGAUGACCCAGAUUUUUAUUCAUACUUGAAGGAAUUAAAAAAUGUAUUCAACGACGCUAUCUCGCCGUUAAAUGUUAGUGCAGUUGUUUAUUCAUUUCCAAUGCGCUGUGAAUCUAGUACGGAUUGCACAAUGACAAUGGUUUUGAAUUCAGUACCCGAAUUAGUUGAAUGUGUUGUUGGUAAAUCAGAAGAUAAAAAAUUACUACAAAGUUUGUUUGUUCGUAUUACAAAAACGUUAACACUGCUUUUAAGUAAAUGUUAG